GCAAUUCAUUUGGGGAUUCUAUCACAAAAGCAGGAUGAAUCCUAAGCUACUGAUUAUGUCUCUUCUCGGCUUGGCCUGCACGAUAAAUGGCCAAGGAACAGGUAGUGCAAAACCCGUUGCUAAUGUACCAGUGCCCUCAAAUCAACUUACUUUAGAUGAGCAGCUACCGUCGCCUCAAGAACUAGAAGCUGGAAUGGCUGCUUUCAACGCAGCAUCUAGAAAUGCAGGUCAAGAUAUGCAAUCUGCCAUGCAAAGUCAAAUAACGGCGGAAUCGGCAAGAAACAAAAAAGAAAACGAGAUGACGAAUCAAAUGAUUAGAAAUAGAAUGGAAAACGAAGCAAGGAUAAACUUUCCCCCACCGCAAGAAACAAGGACAAAUCAGAUGUUACCAACCGGAUUGCCAAGGCCCACUGACAUGGGCGUUUCCUCCUCAAGAUCUAGUGGAACUCAGGCGGAUGGACAGAUAUCUGUAGGAAAUAUACAGGCAAUUUAUAACGACGAAUUGAGAACAAUAAUGAGGGACUAUAAUAUCACACCAGAAGAAAUCAGACAGAUGCUUGAACUGUAUGCACAGGGCGGAGCUGCAACAAUAACUAAAGAAAGGACUAAUCCUGAAAAUGGACUCCAGGAGAUUGUUACUCUCGACUUCGAAAAUUUUACAUCCCAAAGACCAAAUGCUCCAAUAACGUCUGUAUCCCCAAUGCCUAAAAUUCUCCUCCCGGGUGAUGUGAGUCAAGAUCCUGUUUCCACAUCUCCACCUGAGAAUGAGGACCCGAUUCAGGACUUUCUUGCAGCAGAGAGAUAUCUUCGGGAUCAGAUCAAAGAACUAGACGCGCAAUUCAAUGCCCUAAACGAAGCCUACCAACAAGGCAUUAUAACCAGACUAACCAGAGAUGAAAACGCAAGAGGGAACAGGGAGAGGAGGAGAAGAUUCAUAACUGAUUUGCGAGCCAUACAGAUGGAAAUAAGUAGGACAGGGGGUGAAAAAAUAGAACCACAAAUCCCUCUGAAAAACAGAGUAGACGAUGGAGAAUUCUUUGCAAAUGCUCCAUCAGAGCCAAAGCCAUUUCGUGUCAUACCUCCAGAAGUUACGAGAAGAGGGGGAAGGAUUCAAAGUGUCAUACCUCGUGAAGUUCCUAGAGGAGGUGGGAGUAGUCCAAAUCCUACUACACUUCGUGAGUUAGCGUUACAAAAUCAAAUGUUAGAGGAGAUGAUUCGAAGGCAAGAACGAGGACCUGGCCGUUCUGGACUUCGUCGGCAAUCUCCUCCACUUACUGGUAGACCACGUCGCAACAUGACUCCAGAGCAGCGUGCAGCACUAAGACGAGAGCUUCUAAACAUUCGUCGACAGGAACGGUUAAUUUUUCAGCGACUCAGUCAGCUUAGGAAUAGAAAUUCCCGGCUGAUGUUACCAAGAGACCCCUUUCGACAACAACUCAGGCAGCGCCUAAGUUUCUCUAAUGGAAACCGACCCCAAUUAACGAGAACCUUGAGCGGGAGUGUAACUGGACAAAAUGUGCUUGGAAGACGUACAAUAUAAAAUGCCUUUUUUAAGAUCCGGGAUAAAGAAAAUUAAACUACUGCAAAACAUUUUAUCAAAUCAUCUGUAUACUCUGUAUGUGUAUUAUAUGCGCCAUUUAUAGAAGCAAAUAAAGCUUGACAAACAGUUAGAUCAUAA